AUGUCACAUGUUGGUGGUGGAGAUGGACCAGAAGAACAUGGUUUGGGUAGGGGAAGAGGUAAAAGAAGGAAGAAAACCGAAGCGAAACAAAUCACAAUAGCUCCUGAAACUAAUCCUUGUACUGUACUCGAAGGAAAACCUGGAUCAUCGGAACCUUCUUGUAGUUCUGAAAAAACUGCAGUUUCUGAAGGAGUGCCUACUAAAUCUGACUCGUCUUUAGCCACCAAAAUCGAAACCCUAAAUUUAAAAACUCAAGAUCCUGGUAGAUCAAAAUAUGGACAAAAACGACGUUCUAUUCCUGAUAUUCAAUCAGGAAGCAAUUAUGUAACUUAUACGAAACCUUCUAAAUUAUUAUCAAAAAAGGGAGAUUUUGGUACUCCAAUAGAAUUGGUUACAAACUAUUUCAAACUUGAAACAGUACCCAAUUGGGUAUUAUACCUGUACAGAGUAGAUUUUAGCGUAAAUGAAGAACGGGAAAAAAUAUUGAGAAGUUGGUUAAAUCAACAUCGUGAUCGUUUAAAAACUGCUUUUAUAUUUGAUGGAUCUAUGCUUUUUACUACACAAAGAUUAACGGCCACCGAUGAACCUCUCAUAUUAACCAGCAUUCGGGAUGAUGGUGGUGAUCCCGUCAAAAUCACUUUAAGAUUAGUAGAACCGUUACAAUAUGGAAAUCCCGUGUAUCUCCAAGUUUUUAACAUUUUGGUUCGACGUUGCUUAAUGCAUCUUGAUCUUUAUUUAGUUAACAGGAAUUAUUAUGAUCCUAGAGCAUCGAUACAUAUGCCGCAACAUAAUAUUGAAAUCUGGCCUGGAUACGUGACAUCCAUUCGGCAAUAUGAAAAAGAUAUUUUAAUGUGUGCUGAAAUCACUCAUAAAGUUAUGAGAACGGAUACAGCACUAAAAUUAUUAUCUGAUUGCUGUAGAGAAAGUGGAAAUUAUAAAAAAAUUUUUCAUCAGGCAAUGAUAGGAGCGAUAGUAUUAACGGAUUAUAACAAUAAGACGUACAGGAUUGAUGACGUUGAUUUUAGUUUAAAUCCUACAUGCACGUUCAAAUAUAAAAAUAAUGAAAAUAUAAGUUAUGUAGAUUAUUAUCGACAACGAUACCAGUUAAAAAUUAAAGAUUUAAGGCAACCUCUAUUAAUUUCAAGAAGCAAUAGGAAAAGUUUAACGUCAAGUGAAGAGGAAAAACAAUGCAUUUUAGUUCCAGAACUUUGCAGAAUGACAGGAUUGGAUAAUAGAAUGUUAGAAAAUAGAAAUUUAAUGAAAGAUUUGUCUGAUAUUACCAGGAUUCCUCCUCACACUCGAAUGGAAAGAUUAAAAAAUUUCAAUAGAAGACUUCAAAAUGAAAAACAAGUUGCCGAAGAUUUAGGAAGGUGGCAAAUGAAAUUAAGUCUUCAGUUAAUGACCGUAAUCGGUCGAGAAUUACCACCUGAAGAAAUUAUUACCGGAGGAGGAAAAUGCACAGCAGGACUGGAAGUUGAUUGGACGAGAAGUAUAAGGUCGGUUCCGAUGCUUAAAAAUGGAAAAUUCGAUACGUUUGUUGUGAUUUGUCCUUAUAGACUUAGAAGAGACACCGAAAGCUUUUUAAGCAUACUAAAAAAAACAUCGAGUGGAAUGAAUUUUCACAUUCCUCUACCUAAUAUAUUCGAAACGAGAUCAGAUAGUCCUGCUGAAAUGGUUGAAAAGGUCGAUUACGUAUUGGCUAUGUGCAGACCAGAUCUCAUUUUAUUUUCUUUCAUGUCCAAUCGUGCCGAUCGGUAUUCGGCCGUUAAAAAAAAAUGUUACGUCGAUCGAGGGAUUCCAAGUCAAGUUAUACUAGCUAGAAAUUUAACGUCAAAAGGUGUCAUGUCUAUCGCGACAAAAGUUGCCAUUCAAAUAAAUUCUAAAAUCGGUGGAGCUCCCUGGACCGUAAAUAUUCCAUUCGAUAAUUUCAUGGUGGUCGGUUAUGAUGUUUGUCACGACACGGUGAGAAAAUCAAAAAGUGUCGGAGCUUUGGUGGCUUCUUUGAACAAAGCCAUGAACGCUUGGUUUUCAUGCGUGAAUUUUCACGAAAACGGUGAAGAAUUAUCGGAUACGAUUGCAUUGGAUAUUUGCAAAGCAUUGAGAAAAUAUAAAGAAAUAAAUAAAAGUUUACCGGCAAGAAUUUUCGUGUACAGAGAUGGCGUCGGUGAAGGGCAAAUUAAUUACGUUUACAAACACGAAGUUGAAAUGUUAAAAAAAGUUCUCACGGAUAUUUACAAUGGUCCAAAUUGGAAAUUAAGUUUUAUUAUUGUCACAAAACGUAUAAAGACGAGAUUUUUUAACAAGGAAAGAAAUCCUCGUCCGGGUACUGUUGUCGAUGAUGUCGUCACACUACCGGAAAGGUACGAUUUUUAUUUGGUAUCACAAUCCGUGAGACAAGGUACGGUUUCGCCGACAAGUUACAAUAUUAUAAGCGAUAACGUCGGAUGGACUCCGAAUCAUUUUCAAAGAUUCACCUACAAAUUGACUCAUUUGUAUUAUAAUUGUUCUACUUCGGUUGGAGUUCCGGCUCCUUGUCAAUAUGCUCACAAGUUGGCAUUUUUGAAAGAAAAGAAAAAAAAAGUACAAUAG